AUGGCAGGUGUCAGCGCAAAAGAGGCUCAGGCCUAUCUCAUUGAUCCUCUCAAUGCUCCCGAGCCAUCACAGGAGACUGGCCCUGGCACGCACUUCUACCCUCCCACGGCCACCAAGACUGCAUCUCCCGUAGCGUCACCUGUCGCUUCUUCUCCCUCGUCGUCAAAGAACCCUUUCCGUGACUCAAUGAACAACGGAAAGGGUGCCCAGGUACACGUCCGUCACUCAAGCAGAAGCUCGACCGGCAGCAACUCCAAGUUCCCAGACUUCCAAGAGGGCCCCUCUUCGCCCCACCGUCGCAACUUCAGUGGUGAACAUCGUCUGGGCGAAGCAUCUGGAAACCGUCCCCGUAGAACCAGCUCCCUCAGUCAACGCUACCAGGGAGAUGAGUCCCAUCAGCCUCUAAACAUGCUUAGAAAGGACAGCAAGAAGGCUUACCGUGCUCCUCACCUCAACAAGCGCCAUAUCCCCGGUGCUGACUUGAUCGACCGUCUUGACCCUACUCCCAACAAGCUUCCCUACCAUCACGAAGGCCCUUACGAUGCCGCUCUUCUGGCCCGUAACACCAGCUACAAGUCCAGCCCCAUCGCCGCCCUGGAGGACUCUAACAGAGAAGCUCUCAAGGCCACCCCUGCCGAGAAGAUCAAGGAUGCUUUGGAGAAACACAAGCCUCUUGAUGGCGUCGCUGUCGUUCCUCCCGGUGAACGUGACCAGCUUGGCCGUGUCUACCACUACGAGGAGGGAACAGACAUGAUGCGUGAGGGUAACCCCGAAGGCGGUGCCUACAAGCGAUGGUCCGGAGAACAAUACCACAAGGACGAUCUCGAGGGCGUGGGUGAGCCUGCAUUCUCUCUCGACCGUGCACUCAAGGCCCAUACCAUCCACGAGCGCGACUUUGACGGUCAGCGUGGCAUCGAACUGUCGGACCGUCCGCUCAUGAGCGACUAUGACAAGCAGAAGGAUAAGAAGAAGCUCGACGAGCGUGACCCCGUUGAGAUUGCCGGUGGCGCAUCUCGCUACGCAGACCUGGUAACUGCGGCCGACACUGACGCUCACACCGUGAAUCGAACAAGCAGCUUGCGCAAAGUAAGCGACGGUCUCAAGAAGAGACUGAGCACGAGAAGAAGACGUCAGGACGAGUGA